AUGGGUUUAUCGACAUUCGCGCUCGUCGCACUACUUUCGCAGUAUGUAGUUGCGCAGACGGGAAAUGCUCGUGGAUCGGAUUUCCUACGAUUUGCCUGCUCUCAGCUUGUAGUCGAACGUACAGAUCCUCUCGUCUCACCGGGAGUUAUCCCGUCGCCGCAUAUGCAUCAAAUUGUUGGUGGAAGCUCUUUCAAUGCCACAGUAUGGAAGUUCCCUUCUGUCUUCUGGGAGAUGCUAAUUGCAAUUGUCCAGAUGGAUCCAUCAGAGAUCAAUCCCCCGGCGGUAUCGAAAUGCACAUCGUGCAAGAUGUCCGAGGACUUUAGCAACUAUUGGACUGCAUCUAUUUACUUCCGCUCACCCGAGAACGGAACCUACAAGCGGGUUCCACAGAUGGCAAAUGGUCGUUUGAAUGGCACGUUGAUGGAACAAUCCGCGGGUAUCACAGCGUACUACAUGCGACCAUUCAGCGGCACCAACAAAAAAGUCACCGUCAUGCCCGCCGUAGGUCUUACAACCCCCUUCUCCCAGACCCUCUAACCAACAAACACCCAGGGCUUCCGCAUGCUCACCGGCGACCCAACCCUCCGCACCAAGUCUAGCGGCCCCAAAACCAUCUGCCACCGCUGCCUCGCAAAGAGCGAGCGCAUCGGCGGCGGCUCCGGCGCCCCCUGCGACUCGAACGACUUCUCCGAGUUCCCCAAUAAGCCCUGUCCAGGCGGUAUCCGCGCCACCGUCAUCUUCCCCAGCUGCUGGGACGGCAAGAACCUCGAUAGUCCCGAUCACCGCGCCCACGUCGCGUACCAAGCGGGCUCCGUGCUCGCGGGCGAUAAGUGUCCUUCCUCCCAUCCGGUUCGUAUUCCGCAGGUUAUGUAUGAGAUUAUGUAUGAUACUAGUGCGUUUGCGGAUCCGGCGUAUUAUAGGGAUGGGAGGCAGCCGCUUGUUUAUAGUUUUGGGGAUAGGUGAGUUUUCUUCUUCUUUUGCUUCUUCCUAAGUCUUUGGUUCUGAGCGAUGAGUUGGUUAGUGUUUGGGGUUCGCUUGUCGCUUAUACGUACGUACUUACUUACUUACCCUUACUUACUCUUCUUGCUACCUUUAGGACAGGCUACGGCGCCCAUGGGGAUUACCUCUUUGGAUGGGAGGAUGGCGCGCUGCAGCGGGCGAUGGAUGGACUGGGAUCGACGUGUUUUAGCGAGACGUGUCCGGUGUUGAAGUUGCAGAGUUGGGAUAGUACUAAUGGGUGUGUGAAGCAGCAACAGGCUGUUGAGGAUGUGGGGAGUAGUACUUGUAGGUGUUGAGUUUCUUUUUUUCUUGUGAGGUGUGUGUUGGUAUUGACUGAUUGUGCUUUUUAGGGCUUAAGGAACUUCCUGGGGGUGUUACUGUUGAUUAG